AUGCCAAUCACCUCACAUUUUCAACAUUUGAUUGUACAGUGUUCCGGUAACGUUGGUGGCAUGAAAGUACCAUCGGUAAAGUUGGAAUUGGACGGUGAAUCUAUUUUCCUAAAACGACGCGUCCUCCCAUACGGUCAACGGGAAGAUGUCCUGAAUGCGUUACAGAAAAUGGAGCAGGAUGGUGUGAUGAGCAAAGUUGAAUACGGUAUCUGGGCGACCCCGAUCGUCGUGGCGAUGUAA